GACAUUUCCUGCUCAAGGUAAAGGUGAAAGAGCAAAAUCAACCAACCAAUACCAAGACUAGUUGCCAAAUAGAGCUGAUACGUUAUAACAUCGUUUUUUAGUUAACGAAAAUAUAAAAGAAAAUAGAAAGUAGUGUAUUUAAAAUAAAUUCACAACAAAUGUAAAUGGAAUAAAUAACCAUAAAUUAUAAAUAAUUACGAAAGAAUAACGAAAAUAAAAAGAUUUUUUCUAUUAAGUAAACGAUGAUGAUGACAAUGAAAGUGUAAAAAGAGGAAGUAAGAGAAAUUCUAAGAGAGAAAAGAAGAAAGUUGACAUAACUGUGUUUUGGCAGAAGAAGAAGCGGCAGCAGCGGUGGAAGCAGCAACAACAACAACCACAGGCACAUAAAGCAUAAGCCGUAACAGCUGUUUUCAAAAAUUACAAAACAAACAAUUAACAAAAGUAGCGAGCAGCGUGUCAUUGAAAAAUAAAAGACGGCAGAACGUUGCGCCCUCUUAGCAGACGAAAAACAGUUACGAAAACCCAAAAUACCUACCUAUCUACAAAUCGUUUUGUUUUAUUUGUGCUUGCCUUUGUCGCGUUAGUUCAAAAGUGUGAAAUUUGUUGCAACUUUUUGGUUUUUCGCCUUUUGUUUUUACAAUAUGGUCAACGGAACUGUAUAUCUAUUUCAAACUAAAAUCUAUCUUCCGCAUUCGAAUUGCUGCCAAUAAAACGCGAGGUUGAUUCUUUUCUUGUCGGUCGGUCGGGUCGCUUGUUUGUGCAAUUUAUCUAUCGAAAAACGCUCCUUAUAUCUAUCAAAGUAAAUGCCUACAACAAAAUAGUGUGUUGUCGAGUGUUUUUUUUUUUGUUUGUGGUGCCUAAAUAAAUUUCAAAUCGAAAAAAAUGUGCAAUAAAUUGUUAUAAAAAGUGUCGAAACCAACAACAAAUCAAUACUAAAACAGAAAUACUAACGAAUUCUUAGAAUUACUGAUAGUCACAUGAAUUUUUCUAGUCAUUCUUCUAGUCAGCCAGCCAGUGUUAAUGAAAAAUAAAAUCAAAUUGCAAGACAUCAACGCUAUAUAAAAAUAUUCGGCAAUAUAAACCAUCCCCCAGACACCACCACCAUCAACCCCCCAAAAAGUAGCACCAAAAAUAAAUAAAAUUUACACAAAGCUAGUGGUAUAGCAACAACAACAACAAUAAUACAAAACACUACAGUAUUCUAUGAUAGAAGAAAAUUCGAAUACAAAACUAUUAUCAGCACCAUAAUAAUAAUUAAAGCAGACGACGACGACGACGGCGGCGGCCAAUGAAAGUUCAUUGUGAGAAUAUAAAACAAAAGCAAAAAAUUCCUGAUAUCACAAAGCAAAAUAUUGUCUUUUUGAUUGCCAUAUAUUUUUAGUGAACGUUUGUUUUUUUUCUUUGUAUAAAUUUGUUUGCCGCGCGCUCUAUCUCUUUGUGGCCAGCAAAUUCAAUAGAAAUAUAAAAUAACGCACUCUCUUUACCACCCACUGGUCUCUUGCAAACUCUGACCUCCGUUUUGUGUACAUAGGAAAAAAAGAAGCCAACAACAAAACAUAUUUGUACUCUUUACUUUCUAACUCUCUUGUCUUGGUGAGUUAACAAAAAACCCAAAGAGAGCGCACCAAAUCAAAUCAAUCCUCUUUCAUCAAGGAGUAGUAGUAGUAGUACAUGGAGAACAGUAGUUUGUCACUUUUCUAUGUCAACGACUGUCAAAUCAAAAUUAAUUGCAAUAAAAUUGCCUCAACGCAGCACCAUCAACUAACAGAUCAAAUUGUGAGUGUCAGUAACCAGGCAAUAAUAACCAAACAUCAGUCAUAACCACACACACAUCGGUGUGGUAACAAAGGUAUACCCCAAAGCAAACCAGAAACGAGAACACAAAAUAAAAAUCAAAACAGUAUUGCCUGGCUUUUGCGAAAAGCGAAAAUAUCAAACAAAAAUUUAAUUUACUUGCAUUUUAAUAUUGUCACGAGACGCUUACGACUGACUACGAAACGACAUCGUAUUUCGAUUAUAUUCAGCGCAAAAAAAUGCUCUCAAUUCAGCAACUGAUCAAAGCCCUGAGAAAGCUACAAAACAACACGGCUAUAAAUAAUGCUGGCGAUUUGGUAAAGAGUAUUAAACAUGUGGCGGCUGCUGGCAACAUUGAGGGAAUACCAGCAGCGGCGAGGGCACCUUCCUCGGUACUUAUGACGUCACUGUUGAAUAAUCAAAGAGAACAGCGAGAAGAUGUGGUGGAAAACCAAAGCAAAACGUCAUCAUUGUCUAAGCAACAAGAGCAAACAAAUGUGGACUUGAGCAGUAACGUUGGCAGCUGCGAUGGCACCAACAACGCCAAUACUACUUCUACCAGUAGCAGCGGCAGCGGCAGCAGCAGUCACCAUCAACAGCAGCAAACACUCAAUUGUCAUAACGAAUGUUUUAGUUUGUAUUCGUCUUUGAACACUGACGGUUCAAUAAAAUCCGGUGAAAGGCAAGCUAUUACUACGCAGGAUCCGAACGUAACACAGACAGCUGUGAUUUCUUCAACUACUACUUCCCAGCAACAUACCAUAGCAACACAACAGCACCAGCAAAGGGGACCCCAACAUCAUAACCACCACCAUCAGCACCAUAACCUAACCCAUCAACGUUCCCAACGCAUACAGAAUUUCUUUCAACAGCAAAUUUUCCAUCAUCAACAAUUCCAUACCCAACAACAUAAUCGCAAUUUGAAUAGCAAACAUAAGCAAACACAAUUUGCAAUGUCUUCACUAGCAGCAGAACCAUUGGCGGCAGCCGACACACUACAAAAGGAUGACCUUAAUACUAGUAAUGGCAGCGGUGGUGGCCACCAGGCAUCAGACGAUGAAUCAUCGUCCUCAUCACCGUCGUCAGCACCAUCAGAUAACCAAAAACAGCAAAAUUCCAAAUCUGGAAAACCCUGUUUCAAUGCUGGCCUAGGAGAUAUAAUACAGUUUAUGGAAUUGAUUGGUAAUCUUAAGCACACAAAACGUACCGGCUGGGUGUUGCGUGAUGUCAACGACUGUGAAUCGAUUUCGGGCCACAUGUAUCGCAUGAGCAUCUUAACCUUCCUUUUGGAUGGCACUGAGGGUUUGAAUCAAAUCCGUUGCAUGGAAUUGGCUUUGGUCCAUGAUUUGGCUGAAAGUUUAGUCGGUGAUAUUACACCGUUCUGUGGCAUCUCCAAGGAGGAAAAGAAGGCAAUGGAAUUGAAGGCCAUGGAAGACAUUUGUAAACUGAUUGAACCACGCGGUAAAAGGAUGAUGGAACUGUUUGAGGAAUACGAACAAGGUGAAAGUGCUGAAUCUCGUUUUGUGAAGGAUUUAGAUCGUUUGGAUAUGGUGAUGCAAGCUUUCGAAUAUGAGAAACGUGACAAUUGUCUACUGAGGCAUCAGGAAUUUUUCGAUUCCACCGAGGGUAAAUUCAAUCAUCCAUUUGUCAAGAAAUUGGUAAAUGAAAUCUAUGAUCAACGUGAUAAAUUGGCCAAAGCUAAGGGUGCUGUGCCACCACCAAAAAUUGAAGUGCCAAAUAUGGAUAAUCCGGAGACGCAUGCUCAUCCCAAACCACAGACCAAUGGACAUCAUCAUCAUCAGCCUCAACAUAUAGAAAAUAAUGUGGAAACCUCAAAAUCAAGUUGAUAAAAUGGCCACGCAGACAAAUAGAGAGAGAUUAGUUCAAUUUUAGAGCUAUUACGAAUUGGUGGACUUAUUCUUUCUUUUCUAAAUAUUUAGAAAAGAAACAAACAAGAAUGAUCAAUACGUGAUUUAGUUUUAUUUGAUAAGCUUAGUUAGUAGAAGUAACGAAUGAAAUGAUGGAAAAACUAAAACUAAACUCUGCAACCUGGCAGAGGGUAAA